CACCAUGGAUAUUGUCCGUUCGUGUAUUAAAUUCUAAUUGUGCUGUUAAUUGUGAUUAUGAGUUAAAUGUGAGUGGAAAUUUUGAGGAGUGGUCGGUAACCUCACAAUUGAACGAAUGUACACCAAUGUUUAUUGGUAAAGAAAGAAUACAAGUACCGAAUAUUAAACUUUAUUUCUGUGCGAGAAAUGAUGGACGCUGGUUGCACCAAGGAGACAAAUUGUAUUUGGAGAAUGGUGAUGUCAUUCGUCCUGGCCGAUCAAUAGAAAACGACGAGGAAGACGACAACCAAAACCUAAUAGACCCGGACGAUGUCGAUACCGAUAUCGAGAACAUCAAUACAGAUAACUUACAAAAAGACACCGACGUGAACAAAAAUGGUCAAAAACAGAGCGAAGUUAUCGUUGAAACGUUCUCAUAUUUACCACAGCAAUCAAAAAUAGAAAGAUUACAGGAAAAUAUAUUAAAUAGUGAUAUAGAAUUUAACGAAUUCGGUAACGAUAACUCUAAUAGUGGUGUCGAUUUUAUCGACAAUGCCAAGUUAUUAACGAGAUGGAAACGUCAAACUCUCAAUGACAGCGACGUCUCCAACUCUAGUCUGGCUAGUGAUGUCCCGUCGAACACAGAACCUGUGACUUAUUCCAUGAUUAAAAUGAAAGGUUUGAGGGUUGAAGAAGCGGAUAAGGAACCGAAAAUUGUGGACGGUAUGAUACCGAGUGUACUAAGAGAAACCAACUUCCAUUUGAGGUUGUUCGGUGACGGUUUUACCAAAAAUACGAGAAUUUCGUUUACACAUACGGUUCAAGACUUUGGGAGUGUCUGUGACCACCUUUUGGAUGGCAUGGACUUUGGUGUAUCAGUAGUAGAAGAAGACUCUGCCCUCUUCAUCCUUACAGCACCACCACCAGAAAAAGACUACAAAUUCUACGUCUGUUUGAAAAACAACACAGACGAACAUGUCUUCCGACACCAAGGCUCAGAAGAAUGGAAAAUACUAGCUACUCAUAACAAACUAUUACCUUUAUGGGCAUCCCUAAUUCUAAUUGUCAUUCUUCUAAUGUUGGCAUCAUUGUUCUCCGGUCUCAAUUUGGGUUUAAUGGCUCUGGACCGUACGGAGCUCAAAAUUAUUGCCAACACCGGCACAGAGAAAGAGAGGAAGUACGCUAGGGCGAUCAUGCCCGUACGUGCCCAUGGAAAUUACCUUUUAUGUACAAUUUUACUGAGUAAUGUGGCAGUGAACAGUACAUUUACGGUAAUUCUGGAUGAUCUGACGUCUGGUCUUGUGGCUGUCAUUGGAUCUACAUUGGCUAUUGUGUUCAUUGCGGAAAUUACGCCUCAAGCUAUUUGUGCGAGACACGGGCUACUGAUUGGUGCUAAAAGUAUCUGGAUUAUGAAGAUUGUAAUGGGCAUUUGUGCUCCCCUCGCGUGGCCGACAAGCAAGCUGCUCGACUACUUCCUUGGAGAAGAAAUUGGAACACAUUACAAUCGAGAAAGGCUCAAGGAAUUGGUCAAGGUGUGUAAAAAAUAUAUUUUCACGGACUUUUAA